AUGGACGUUUUGGGGCUCUUCUCCAACAUCUCGCAGGUCGUUGACCUCCUCAUCAAGAUCGGGGUUAUGUGCUCCAUCUAUUGUGUGGAUGUCAAGAACGCCCCUCAAGAUGUGCGAAAGCUGCUCAAGGAGGUUGAUCGGCUCACGGCCGUUGUCAAGGAGCUCGAAUCGCUGCUGAGAAGCCCGAAAGGAUCCUCCAAACUCGAGUCACAACCCUUACGCCAAGCGAUUUUCGAUCUCCGCAGGUUGCUCGCUGAGCUGGUGGCAAAGCUUGAUCUGGGUGCCAAGCAUGCCAGAGCGAUAUGGCCAUUUAAAAGAAGGGACAUUCACGAGAUUGUUGCUGCAAUUGAGCGGCAAAAGGCCAACAUUCUGAUGAACAUCAACAUCGAACAAACGUCAAUCCUCCUGGACGUCCAUCAAGAAUUUGUUCUUUCAAAGCUUCGAGUUGCAGAAGCUGCCUCCUUCGAUUCGAAUGUCGACAGCGAGGAAGCUUAUUGCCUCCCAGGCACCAGGAGUCAAAUUAUCCAACAAAUAAAACACUGGAGCACCAGCCCUGACAGCAAGUCGAUCUUUUGGUUGAACGGCAUGGCAGGGACUGGGAAGUCGACCAUUUCCCGCACAAUCGCUCAAUCUUUUUCUAGUGACAACAUUCUGGGUGCUAGUUUCUUCUUCAAGAGGGGCGAAGGUGAUCGCGGCAGGACGACUUUCUUGUUCACUACCCUCACUGCUCAGCUGGUUCGGCGGAUGCCCUCUCUCGCUCCGAGAAUCCGCCAAGUCCUUGAACUCGAGCCCCAGAUUCACGAAAAGUCCCUAGGUGAUCAAUUCCAAAUGUUAAUCCUGGACCCUUUGAGACGCGACCCAGGAAGUUGGCAGUCAUCAGAUUUGCUAAUCGUGAUCGACGCCCUCGACGAAUGUGGCCUCGAAGCAAGCAUGAGGACGCUGAUCAAUAUCCUCUCGAAAGCUCAACAGACCAAAAACCCACGACUCAAAUUUUUCCUCACCAGCAGACCAGAAUUGCCAAUUCGACUAGGUUUCGAAGAUAUUAGCGGGCAAUAUGACAAUAUGCUUCUUGCAGUGGUGUCAACUCCUACAAUCGAGCAUGACAUUGAGCUAUUCAUGCGUCACCAGCUGGACACGAUCAAACAGGACUACAACAAGUCUGUAACACAACAUCGCAAGAUAUCAGACGACUGGCCCGGAGCAGAUGUCAUACAGAAGCUAGUCGCAUCAGCCAUUCCCUUGUUCAUUGUUGCUGCAACAAUUUGCCGUUUCCUUAACGAUCGAAGAUUAGGAGGCCCUCCACAUCAACUAAACCGGUUACUCGAAUACCGAGAUGCGAAACUAUCCGGCCUCGAUAUGACAUACCGCCCAGUUUUGGAUCGCCUGACUGCUGGUCUUUCUCUAUCAAGCAAACAGGAAGUGAUGAACAAAUUCAGAUACUUGAUCGGAUCAAUCAUCACGCUAGCGAAGCCUUUGUCCAUACGGAGUCUCGCCCAAAUCCUCAGUGUCUCUACAGACGUUAUCGAGGACCAACUCGACAUGUUGCAUUCGGUACUUGGAGUUCCUAGCGACUUAGAUGCCCCUGUGCGACUCUUACAUCUUUCUUUCCGAGAUUUCUUAGUCGAUCCUGAGAAACAGCUUGACCUGGAUACAUAUCCGUUCUGGAUAAAUGAAAAGGAGGCCCAUUCGACGCUGUUCUUGCAAUGCAUCAGAUCGUUAUCCAGAAACCAAGUUCUUAAAGAAGAUAUCUGCUCUCUAAGAUCUCCAGGGGUAUUGAGAUCAGACAUAAGCCAAGAGACUAUUGAUGCGUGCCUACCCAAUGCAGUCAAAUAUGCUUGCACAUAUUGGGUCUAUCAUCUGGCCAUGAGCAAUCGGAGCAUAUGUGAUCAUGAUGAGACACAUAAGUUCCUAUCCAUCUAUUUGCUGAACUGGCUUGAAGCACUCGCUCUAAUGGGACAAAGCGCAGAGAGCGUUCAUAUGGUGGACGCCUUGCUACGCAAGCUCGAGGGGCCAAAGUCACAGGCUAUUGGGAGCUUUCUACAGGACGCACGUCGAUUCACUCUAGCCAAUGUUAUGACGUUGAACAAAGCACCACUCCAGAUAUAUUCUUCUGCCUUAAUGUUUGCUCCGGAGAAAAGCAUUGUGAGACAACAGUUCGCUUCGAGCAUUCCGACAUGGAUCCGUACCUUGCCAAAGAUGCCAUCCCACUGGGACCCGUGUCUGGCUACCCUUGCAAACCAGGUUACAUCGUCCGAACAGAUUAUCACUAUCCCGGCUAGUGAUAGGUUUAUAUCUCUACCCACGUUCGGAGGCAAAAUGAAGGUCUGGGAUUUGAAAUCGGCAUCUUGUGUCGCCACCCACAACAAUGUUUUGCCUAAAUCUGUCAGAACUUCGCCCGACGGUACAGAACUACUGUACAUAACGGGCCAUGAUGUGCUCCAGAUUAUGGAAGCUACAACCAGAAGCUGCAUUGGAGAGUACAGAGGUCACACUGACACCAUUACUUGCGCCGUGUUUUCAGCGGAUGGCCAGCAAUUCGCUUCAGCAGGGAAUGGUGGCAUUGGCUACACUAUCGGCAUUUGGAAUAUCCUAAGGGCCACUUGCGAUGCUCUAUUAGAAGGCCACCGCGGUAGCAUAUCUGAUAUCAUCCUAUCAGUGGACGAGAGCAAGAUUGCCUCAGCUUCCUACGAUAAGAGCAUAAGGAUCUGGGAUGCCUGCGAAAUGACUUGCAUUGCAAUAUAUGACGGCCAUGCCGCGGGUAUUUCCAGACUUGCCUAUUCGUCUGAUGAGAUGCUGCUGAUAUCGCUUGACACUGAUACAUUGAAAGUUUGGGAUACCAGAGUGGAAUCACAGGGAUCGAAUAUGGAAAGCCAUGAAGGCGCAGUGCUCGAAGUUAUGUUUUCCACUGACAAGAGGAGGGUCAUAACUACUUCUGGAGACCACACAGUGAGGCUUUGGGAUACUGACUCUGAAAGCUGUCUAGCAACGGGUACGGAUCACCAGAUCUUCGCUUGGGAACUCCUUGGGGUUUGUGGGCUUGCGAAUCAUAUGGCAUUCGACUCUACCUGUUCGAGCUUGAUAACCAAUGUGGGCACGCUUACGUUCGAUCCGCCUACAUGUAGCUCAACUCCCACUGAUAUUGGAGUAAAGCUGCCGCUCAGCACUCAAACGACGGCAACUAUUCCUGGUCUUGGUCUCAGCAAUGAUGGAGAGUGGGUUACAUGGGACUCGUGCAGAAUGCUUUGGCUACCACCCACAUAUCGAAUCUCCGCAUCAGAUAUCGAUAGCGCAACAUCUCGAGUCGCUCUUGGUACUCGCCAUGGGCGCCUGCUCUUGAUAGGGGUCGAUCCGUCCAAAAUGCCUGCUGUCGACCGUACACCUAUGGAUGCCAGAGGCGGCCCUUGGCCAAGCGCAUAUUAG